AUGGCGUGGCUUGCUUCACUAACCUGGUUCACUAUCUCUUUCUUGGUAGCUCUUUUGUUCUGGUUCAAACUCAAGAACCGUUCCUCCAAACUACGACUGCCACCGGGACCGCCCGGAUGGCCCAUCAUCGGCAACAUUUUCGAUCUUGGAACACAGCCACACCGCGAUUUCCACAUACUUCAAUCGAGGUAUGGACCUGUUCUUUGGCUGAAACUUGGCAAUCUCAACACUGUAGUUGUACAGUCUGCUGCUGCAGCUGCUGAGCUUUUCAAGAGAAACGACCUCGCUUUCGCUGACAGGAAAACUCCUGAUUCAAUGACGGCUUGUGAUUACAUCAACGGAUCGUUGGCCCAAGCUCCCUAUAAUGAGUACUGGCGUAUCUUACGUCGCCUCUCUUCAUCUGAGCUCAUGGUUCAGAAAAGAAUAAACUCUUCUGCACAACAAAGGAAGAAAUGCAUUGACAAAAUGAUCCAGUGGAUAAGGGAGGAUGCAUCCGAAUUCGGUGAGAUCCAACUCGAUAGGUACCUGCUGAUCAUGAGCUUUAACCUAGUUAGCAAUUUCAUGCUCACAAGAGACAUAAUGGACUUCAAGUCCGAGAUGGGAAACGAGUUUUUGGAGGCCAUGCACAACUUCAUUUCCUGGCAGGGGAAGCCUAAUGUGGUAGACGCAUUUGAAUUCUUGAAAUGGCUCGAUCCUCAGGGAAUCAGGAGACGCACAAAGACGCACCUGGAACAGCUGUUGAAGAUGGUUUCAGUUGUUGUGAAGGAAAGAAUUCAGGAGAGGAACUUGCAGAAAGGAAACGGAACAAGGGAUUUCCUUGAUGCAUUACUUGAUUAUGAAGGUGAUGGCAAAGGAUCAGUUGAGAAGCUGUCAGAGAAGAAUAUAAACAUCAUAAUCCUGGAAAUGUUCUUCGGUGGAACAGAGACUACAAGCAAUACCACUGUCUGGGCAAUGGCAGAGCUAUUACGUAGUCCUGAUUCCAUGAGGAAGCUCAAAGCAGAGAUUGAUCGGGUCGUUGGUCCCUCAAGAGCUGUUGAAGAGGAUGACCUAAAUGAACUGACAUACUUACAAGCAGUGGCUGAAGAAACCAUGCGGUUACACCCUCCUCUUCCUAUGCUGCUACCAAGAAAAGCAAGAGAAGAUACCAAGUUCAUGGGCUACAAUAUACCCAAGGACACAACGUUGAUUGUGAAUGCAUGGGCUAUCCAUAGGGACCCUGAUUCAUGGGAUGAUCCAUUAUCUUUUAAGCCAGAGAGGUUCCUGAACUCGAGCAUCGAUCACAAAGGGCAACACUAUGAGAUGAUUCCAUUUGGUUCCGGCAGAAGAUCCUGUGUUGGCAUGUUGAUGGGAGAGAGAAUGGUUAGCCUCACUUUAGCCAGGCUGAUACAGUCUUUUGAUUGGGAGCUCCCUGCAAAUAUCUCCCCAGAAACUCUCGAUAUGAGGGAGAUGACAGGGCUUUCUCUUCGCAUGAUCACACCUCUGAAAGCAGUUCCAAGAGAAAGAGGAGCCUAAUGCCACUAUGAAAUUAUAUAUGAACUAAACUUCCACCAUCCCAUUUUAUAUUUCCUAUGCAUCCUAGCAGGUCGAUAGGAUCUAUGUUGUACAUCAACCCAAGACAAUUUGAAAUGCUUUCGUAUUGCAUUUCGUAUCUUAUGAAAUAACUUGGUGUAAGUUUAUACUCA